AAAGCCAAGGUUUUCCAAAAGGUCCGUUUAUCCUAUCUCAUGGUCGGACAUACACACGAAGACAUCGACCAGAUGUUUAGCAGGAUUUCAGUGGCUCUGAAUAAAAGCAAAGCAGUCACAAGACCACAAUUAGAGGGGGUUAUUCAGGGAGCGUUCACUCCUAGUCCAACGACAGUUUUCGUAGAAAAUGUCUACGAUGUCAAGUCUUGGAUUCGCCCUUACAUUGCAACUUUCAAAAAUCACAGUCAUCCCCAUGCAUUCCGGUUCAAACUAAAUGAACUAGGACAGGUGGAAAUGACUUAUAGAGACUGGGCGAAUUCGAAAGCAAAGGAGUGGCUUCCCCAGCCCCCCUCAUAUCAGCCUAUUUAG